AUGCAAACUCCGUCAGGACCAUCGGGAUCACCAUUUGCGGAGAUCAUAACAUCGCUCGCGGGCCUGCAUCAGGAACACCACCAAGCCCUGCUGGACUUACGGGCCGACCACGAACACCGGUUCCAGGCCAUGAUGCAGGUCCAGCAGGAGGACCGCGAGCUGUUCCGGAGCUUGCUGGACUGGGAGGGUCGGACGAGACGGCCGAGGCAUGUGGGUGGUCGACAGACAGCUGGCCGGUCCGGGUCAUCCCGUUUGCUGUCGGGGGAGGCCCAGAAGGCUGCCCAACAACUGCCCGUCCCGAACCUCCUGGUGUAUGCUGAUUUAAAAAGAGCCAUUCUCCAGAGGGUCGGCUUCAGCCCCGAGCAACACCGUCAGCGCUUCCGGUCGCUGGAACUGACCGAAGCGGGCCGACCCUUUGUCUUGGCUCAGCAGCUCCGGGACACGUGCCGCAAAUGGCUGUUGGCCGGGGGUAAGCGGCUCCGGGACAAUCAUCAGCAAGGUGGUACUGGAGCAGUUCAUCUCCCGUCUCCCAAAGAGGACCGCCCAGUGGAUCUGGCCAUUCAACUGGCGGAGGAUCAGCUGGCGGCGUGCUCCGGGGUCGGCGAGGCCCUUCCAUCUAUCUCUCUCUCUCUCUCUCUUCCCCUGUCUCUCCCUCCUCCCCUGCCCCAAAACCUGUCCCUCUCCCUAGGUCCCGAUGGGCUGGGCCACCAAGGGCCGGCCCCCGCUGGAGGACGGGGAUGGAGCCAGCAGCUGGGGCACGAGGCCCGACCUGGGGAAUGGGAUCACCGCGCCGGGAGGGGUCCGAGGAGCCACCUGCUGCUUCCCCACGCCAAUCACCUGACCCACUUCCUGCCACUAGGGCAGCGGGGAGGCCUGGGCCGGCCUGCUGGCGUUGCGGGGAUCUGGGCCAUUUCGUGGAUCGGUGCCCGGUCAUGGAGGUGGGGAUGUUGGUCCGGAUCCCGGACGACCCGCAGGCUGCCCCCGAUCAAGCCGGGUUGUACCAAAUACCCUGAUUGGCAUGGGGAACCGGUAUUUAAGCCAGCUGAGGACCGGCGAGAAGAGAGAGAGGGCUGGGGACUCGUGGGAGUGAGAAGCUGUGGAGCUACAAACCCCAAAGAUAGGAAGACUACAGUAGUGCGAAGUAGAGAAAUACUGUGAACUGCAUGCGCAUGUGGCGCGAUUGUUUAUUUGUUUUUACUUUAUUUUGUCAAAUAAAGUAUCCCACGAGCCUCAGCACGGCGACCCCGGUCUCCUUCCUCUUUACUUGAACGAACUUUGUUACAGUAUGAUUAUACAUGCAAAUAAAAACAUGAGCUGCUUGACAAAUUUGACCUCCAUACUUUCUCUCAUGUCACGCAUCUGCUCCAGUCUCUUCUCUGGCUGAAAGAAUCCAGUGACGGCCUUAAUUAGAAACUUGUCUUAAAUGUUGUUUUACAUUAUUGAUUUUUUUUAGAUUGUUUAGAUUGUGCACUUUAUUCUUUAACAAGCACAUUUUAUAUGGUUUUCCUGCAUAAUAAUCUUCAGUGUGUGUG